UUUAGGGAGGCAAGUCGGGGUAUAUGUUUUGAAAGACCAGAUUUCUUAUUUUAUUUUGAGAUCUGGCAACACUUUUCGUAUUCACGUUUACUGCUGCUUCACACUACGAAUGUAUGGAAAGCGUAAAGGUGUGAGGAUGGUGCUCAGGUGAAUAAAGGUAGUGGCAAAUGGACUUCCUUACUCUGUUUGGCAUUUAUGUGGCAGUAGUGCUCACCUGCAUUGCUCUGGUUUGUAAGUAUUCCGGACAUCAGCAAACUCCUCUCGGUCGGCUUUUGGACACAUUCACAGGGGUUGUCUCUCCAUGGAUCCCACAAUGUUUUCAAAGCAUUUGCUACAGGACUAUGCACAGACUGUUCCAUCAGCGGAACAACUGCUUUCUUUACUUGCACCUGUUACUUGAAGUGGUUGUGUAUGGAGAAUUCUCCUAUGAGGUCUUUGGCUUCUGUUUGGACAUGGGCACAAGUUCAAUCAGCUUGUGCAUUCCCUACGUCCUCCUUGCACUGAAGUCCUAUCUGUUCUACCUGUGUUGUAGCAGAGACCCAGGCACACUGACAAAGGCAAACCAUACUACACAACUGAAGGUCUACCAGUAUGAUGAAAAACUGUUCCAGCAGGGAGUCAGGUGUUCAACCUGUCAGCUGGUCAAACCUGCCCGAUCCAAACACUGUAGGGUUUGCAAUCGAUGUGUCCAGAGAUUUGACCAUCAUUGUGUGUGGGUGAAUAACUGCAUCGGUGCCCAGAACAUCAGAUACUUCCUGCUGUACCUCCUGAGUGUGUGCGCCAUGGCAGGUGAUAUUGCUGUCCUUACAGCAGACAUGUUGCUCCAAACUGUUUUGCGAACUGGACUGCUGCACGCUUACUACAUUGACGAGCAGGGUGAGCAACAGCCCGCUGGACCGCUCUUUAUCAUCCAGCAUCUCUUUCUGACGUUUCCACGGAUUGUCUUCAUGCUGGGCUUCCUGGUGUUUGUCUUUUUCCUCUUGGCGGGUUAUUCCAUGUUUCACAUGUAUUUGGCUUUGAUAAAUCAAACCUCCAAUGAGUGGUUUAAAGGAAAAGGUCACAACUGCCAGCAUUGCCAUCCGCACACUGGACACAACUGCCAGACCUCAUACAAUCCAUUUAGAGGUUUCUAUCACAGAGGAAUCCUCAAAAUCUUGGGGAAUUUUUGGCCCUUAUGUCCUGUUCAGAAAAAAGAAAAUUAGAGAAACUGUUGUUGUUGUUGUUAACAGUGUGCUUGUACUAAACUCUAUUUUAUUUUUGGUAAAUGGAAUUUUUAAUAAAUACUUUCUCAGCUUUAUGUAUUGGUAUGCAUUGGUACCUGUUUUUCUUUUUUGUUUUCUCUGACUUUUUUUUUUUUAAGAAUGUUCAUAUAGUUUCACAUUUGUUUACAUAUAUAUCUAUAAACUUGCAGUACUCUCAAAAUAGAUGCCAUAUUUAAAUUUAUGAAAAUGAGGCUGUCAAGGAUAGGCAUACAGUCCAUUCAACAGUCCAACUGUCUUACAGUCAUAUGUAAUGUCUAAUUGUAUAAACGUGUUUCAAUGUUUUUGUUUUGAGGAUUUGUUUUUGAAAAAUAUUUCUGGAGGACUAGGAGUAAGACUUAAUUAUAUGAUCAUGUUAUCAUGUAUGAGUUUUAAAAAACAUGAGCAUAUUAUUAUUUAGGAUGUAAAGGUUAGAUUUCAACAACAUUAUAUAAAAAUAUUUCAAAGAAUAUAAAGUACUAUAUUUGGAAAGUGAAUAUACUGUAUAUAUACAUUAUAGGGAUCAUGAUCUGAACUAAUUUUGAUUAUCGAAUUUUUUGUCAUUGGAUAAUAGUGGUUUGUGAAUUUAUUUUGUUGUUUAAGUUUUAUAUUAAUAUGGGAUUUGUGAUUCAAUUAGAUUAUAGGGUAUUGUUUUCAUUUUGAAGUGAAAGGUUAAAGUGAGACACUUGGGGUAAGAUGCCUGCUAAGUAUAAAUGUUUUCUAAAAAAAAAAAAAAAAACUUAACUUUUCUGUAAUUUACAGUAAAAUACUGUUCAAUGUACUUUUUUUUUUUAAGUAAAAAGAACAAAUCAUCAAAUUAUGUGCCACAAGAACACAAGCUAUGUUUUGCUGGCAGCAAAAUCCAUGAUCAGAUCUUUGAAAUAAAGCUUUCUUGAUACCUUA